GUCGCGCCUUGACUCGACGCGGUGUUCACUACUUCCUCUACUCUUUGACGCUUCUCGUCUGCCAUCUGAGGCUGCAUCACAAGGUUGAAUACCCUUCAAAGAACAGUGCACUAUAGGAACAGGAUAUUCUCGACUCACGCGGCCAUGGCUCCCAAGGGAGACAACCCCGACACCGCGGAGCUCAUCGAGCUCUUCAAGUCCAUUGGCCUCACCCAGUCCAAGGCCGCUGAGGCAGCCAAGUCCUCAAAGAGCGCGACAGUGCUCAAGGACAUCAUAGACACGAACGAUCUUUCCAACAAGCAGAUCGAGGAGAAGCAGGCCGUCCUACUGGCAAGCCUUGCGGUGCAGGGCUCCAAGCUGGGAGAGCGCGAGCGCGAGUACGCUGUGACGGCGAUCCUUGACGGGAGGCUGAAAACGACAGACCAGGUAUCAGCGGCCACAAAAUACCUCGAGUCGCAUACGCUACCCAUCGAUGGCGCUGACUUCGACAAGAACUGUGGUGUUGGCUUCAGCAUCACUCCCGAACAACUUGCGACUCAGGUAGCAGACUACCUCACGUCCAGCGCGGCAACUGGUUGGGCCAGCCUAGGAGCUACCAUUGGUGCUCUCAAGAACACGGAUAUGCGGUGGGCAAGUCCGCUCGAGCUGAAGAAUGCGGUUGAGAAAGCGUUUCUGGAGAAGUUCGGGCCCAAAGAGACAGCCAAACCUAAGGGCAAGGAGUCCAAGAAGGAGGCCCCCUCAAAACCUGCCGCAGCAUCUACCGCAGCAUCAGCAUCAGCUACCUCCUCUAAGACGGUCUUCUCCGAAGGCUUCCUUGGACGACUCCACAAGGUCGGCGACAACCCCCAGGUCCACUCACACCUGCGUGAGCAGCACCUCGCUGCCACCGGUGGUGUGGUACACACCCGAUUCCCGCCUGAGCCCAAUGGCUUCUUGCACAUCGGACACUCCAAAGCAAUAUUCGUCAACUUCGGCUAUGCAGCGUACCACGGUGGUCGCUGUUAUUUGCGGUUCGAUGAUACUAACCCGGAGGCGGAGGAGGGGAGGUACUUUGAAAGCAUCUUGGAGACAGUGCGGUGGCUUGGGUACGAACCGUGGAAGAUCACGUACUCGAGCGACUACUUCGACAAGCUCCACGAGCUUGCCAUCGAGCUGAUCAAGCGGGACAAGGGAUACGUCUGCCACUGUACAGCGGAGGAAAUGUAUGCGAAUCGCGGAGGUGACGACUUCGGCCCACGAAAACCUUGCGCACAUCGCACACGACCUGUCGAAGAGUCUCUUGCCGAGUUCCAGAAGAUGAAGGAUGGCUUCUACAAGCCUGGGCAGGCGAUCUUGCGCAUGAAGCAAGAUUUGGAGUCGGGUAACACGAUGAUGUGGGAUCUGGUGGCGUACCGAGUGCUUGACUCACCACAUCAUCGGACACACGACAAGUGGAAGAUCUAUCCGACGUACGACUUCACGCAUUGUCUGUGCGAUAGCUUCGAGAACAUCACGCAUUCUCUGUGUACAACGGAGUUCGUUUCCUCGCGCGAGUCGUACGAAUGGCUAUGCGACGCCUUGGGGGUAUACAAGCCCCGCCAAUCCGAGUACGGCCGGCUCAACGUCACAGGUACCAUCAUGUCAAAACGCAAGAUUCUCCAGCUCGUCAAGGAGAAGUACGUGCUCGACUGGGAUGAUCCCCGCAUGUACACCCUCAUCGCACUCCGGAGGCGCGGUAUCCCACCAGGCGCGAUCAUCUCCUUCGUCAGCUCGCUGGGCGUGUCCACGGCCACUACGAGCAUCCAGGCGGUUCGUUUCGAGCAGACUGUGAGACAGUACCUCGAGGGCACGGCACCACGACUGCUCAUGGUCCUCCGGCCACUCAAAGUCACGAUCGAAAACGUACCUGAAGACUACCUCAUCUGGCUGGAGAAGCCUCUCCAUCCAAAGGUGCCCGAGCUAGGGACGUCGAAAAUGCCCUUCACGCGCACGAUCUACAUCGACGCAGACGACUUCCGGCUGGAGGACUCCAAGGACUACUUCAGGCUCGCACCCGGCAAGACCGUCGGCCUCUUCCAGGCGCCCUACCCGAUCACUUGCACGUCUUACAAAACGGAUUCAGUAACGGGCGCGGUCACGGAGCUUAUCUGCCGUCUCGAGGACGGCGAGGGAGCCGCGAAGAAGCCAAAGGCGUUCAUCCAGUGGGUUGCGGAGCACGCGCCGUCCGGCAGCCCCGUACGCGUGGACGAGACGCGGAUCUUCUACCAGCUAUUCAAGAGCGAGAACCCCUCCGCGGCGGUCCCCGACUUCAAGGCGGACAUUAACCCAGACAGCCUGGAAGUCGUCAAGGGCGCGAUGGUCGAGGUGGGCUUCUGGCCGCUGGCGAAGCGCGCGUACUUGGAGGCGAGGAAAGAGAGCAAGACGAGAACGGACGAGGCACUGAAGGCCGCUGCAACGAGCGCGGGCCCGGCGGAACCGGACGAUGACACGCCGAAGGCGACGAGUGAGCAGCUGGUCGGGAAGGAGUGCAUACGGUUCCAGGGCCUGCGGGUGGCGUACUUUGCCACUGACAAGGACGCGAGGCUGGCGUGUCUGGAGGAACCGGAGGGGGUGGAGCCUGUCCGGAAGGUCGGUGACUAUCUCGUGCUGAACCGCAUCGUGAGCUUGAAGGAGGACUCGGGGAAGGCGGCGUAGGAGUGAAGAAGACUGACAACAGAAAGUUCCAUCGUGUACAGUACCUACCCUCAGUACUAGACGCAUACUGUAACGACUACCUCCAGUCAAGGCGUUCGGGCAACACUAUUACACAGUCAAUGUUCGUGCG